GCUCAAAUUAACGCGCAGUCGCGCAGUGCUUUUAACAUCUCCUGCAGGACGUUCUCAAUCAAAGCUUUGAUUUUUAAGUUUAAACUUCAUCAGAAAUCAUGUCAACCAACUGCAAAGCUUCGUCCACCUGUCCCAUUCCAAACCGCUCUGUUAUUGAGAAAAGCUGGUCUCCGUUACCGGACAUCUACAGUCAAACUCCAGGCGGAACUGUGUUUUCAACAACUCCCGGUGGGACUCGGAUUAUCUAUGAUCGGAAGUUUCUUUUGGAAUGCCGAAACUCACCAAUUGCACGCACCCCACCCUGCUGCCUCCCCCACAUUCCGGGGGUCACCAUACACUCGGUGCAACCCACAGAGCAGGAAGAUGACAACAAAGUUGUCCCUGUUGAUGACAGCCAGUUUGAGAUGGAUAUUUAAUGUCUCAAGUCCUGUGGCAAAGUGGACUGUUUCAGCCUUUUCCACCCGUGGAUUCAGGUUUUGAUCUGAGAAAAAAAAUCCACACCAGCUGUGGAUUCCUUUGUUAAAUCUCUAAACUUUUUUCUUUACCUUAAAUAACAAAGCCCUCAGAUCAAGUAGUUCGCUGCUGUGAGGAUUGACUGUUUUGAGUUUGGUGAAAAUUCAGAUGAAAACAUCUCAAAUUGCAGCUUCUGCUGUUUUAACAAUA